AUGUGCACAAAAAUUCAAACUUUGGAAGUUCAAACUCCUAUCUCAUCAAUUGCUAUUCACCCUAGUCAAUCUGAUAAAAUAUGCUUAGGAUUUUUGGAUGGUGGAAUUACUUACAAUAAUUUAACAAUUUUGAAUGAUCCAGACAAAAAUGAAUCGCUUCCAGUUAGAAUUGAACAAAAAUGGAGGAGAAAGUUAAAAAUGGCUAUAAGAGCUAUUACAUUUUCUACAGAUGGUUCUUUUGUUUUUGUUACUGCUUCAAAUAGAGCACUUUGCAUGUUUGAUACUGAUACUGGUAAACGCAUACGAUGUAUUCGACAAAGCCAUAAAAGCAGACCAAAUGAGAUUUCAUUGUUAAAUCCUUCAAUGGGUGACAAAUUACAUUUCGCAACUGGUGCUGAAAAUGAUAGUUUCUCUACAUGGAAAAACUGUCUUUUAUCUGCUAGUGGAGAUGGUACUCUUGCUGCUUAUGACAUAUACAAAAGAAAGCUCAGGCUUUGCUCAGAGACUAUGCACAGCGAAUUACUUUCUUUGGCUGUUACCAAAAGAUUUACCUACGUUGGUGCAGCUGAUGGAUAUAUUGAAGUCUUCAAUAAUGGUGAAUUUGGUAAUAUUGUUGAGAGAAUUGAAACUCCUUUAAUUAUGGGGGUUGAACAAUUAGAAACAGUGAGAGAUGACCUACUUUUGGCCGGAGCUUCAACUCAUGAUGGAAUGAGGUUUCUAAUCUAG